AUGGUGGAUCCGUUCACGAUUAUCGGUCUCGCCUCGAGCAUUAUAGCCUUUGUUGACGUUAGCAUCAAGCUCGUGUCCCAGACAAAAGCAAUUUAUGACUCUUGCCAUGGCACAACCACUGAAACACACGAGAUUGAAGUCAUUCUCAAAGAUAUCCGAAUGAAAAAUGCUGAAUUCCGCCACCACACUGAAAGCAAUUACAGGCCGCUCCCUUAUGAGAAGCAUAUAUUGGAUAUGGUGGCAGAAUGUGAACGAUUAGGCAGCGAGCUAUCUGAUAAACUGAGAAAGCUCAAGAUGCGAGACGGGAGACGGUCGAAAACAGUAGAAAGUUCCCGUGUAGCCCUGCAGAGCUGGUGGAAAAGAAAAGAUAUUGUAGCCUUACAGGACCGCCUGAUGGCUCUGGAUGGUAGAAUUAGGAUGAGGGUCAAAGAAGCUCUUGACGGGUCAGUCGACAACAGAGAUAUCUUAUCCGAGAUAAAGGCUCUUGGGAAUGAGCACAAGAAGCUAAAUGUCAACUAUUGUUCAAAGCUCGACGAUCUUCGAAACACGAUUAUUUCUCUGACAGAAGCCGACGACAACAUUCCAGAACGAUUGGAAAGCCUAAAAAAUGAUCUGAUAUAUCUUGAGAAGGAGCGCAAGGACCGCCAAAGAGAAAUAGAAGUUAUUCGCAGCUUACAUUUCCACAUCAUACGACGGCGAUGGUCGGAAAUCAAGGACGCCGGCCAAUUCACGAACGAUUGGUUGUUUGAUCGAUCAAAAACAACAUUUCUCGACUGGUUAGAGUCCGGUGAUGGCAUAUACUGGAUCAGUGGCAAGGCAGGAAGUGGGAAGUCGACCCUCAUGAAAUUUGCAUCCGAUAGCAGGAAUACGUUUCACGCUUUGAAGAAAUGGUCUUCUCCAGCUCAGCUGCACAUCGCAAGCUAUUACUUCUGGUAUCAAGGGUUUCCCAAGCAAAAGUCCCAGGAAGGACUGCUCCAAUCUUUGCUCUAUCAAAUAUUGAAGAGCGUCCCGGAUUUGAUACCGAAAGUGUGUCCAGACCACCUGGAAUAUGAAGAUUGGCACUUCCAGGAGCUGAAAGCCACAUUCAGCCGAAUUUCAAAUCUUGGUGCUCUGCCUGUGAAAUUCUGCUUUUUCAUUGAUGCGCUCGACGAGUACAACGGGGACGAAAAGGAUAUUGUCAAGAUGAUCUCAUUUUUGUGCCAAUCUGCAUACGUGAAGAUAUGUGUGUCGAGUCGACCUUGGAGAAUUUUCGAGGAUGCUUUUCAGGAAAGUGGGCGGACCUUAGCUGUCCAGGACUUCACCAAGGGGGACAUGAAAAGGCACGCCUUUCAGGAGCUACAGGUUGAAAGAUUCCGGCACCUGGACGACCGCGAGAAACUCUGUGAGGAGAUUAUUACGCACAUUUCCGAAAAAGCUCAAGGAGUUUGGCUCUGGGCCUCUUUGGUCAUUCGAGCGCUGGUACAUGCCGUGGAACAUGAUGAAGGGCCCUCCAAAUUAAGAUCCAUACUCGAGGAAUUCCCGCCAGACUUGGAAACAUACUUCCAGAGUAUCAUCUCACGGGUCAAACCCACUUACCGGGAGGAGAUGGCGCGCAUUUUCUUGAUUACUAUAGAAGAGGUCCAACCCUUGCCCUUGUUUGCAUUCUCUCUGCUAGAGAAAGAGAUGGAAGACGACCGCUACGCUAUAAAAGCCCAAGUCUCGCCGGUGAAAACAUGGGACUCUGACCAGGUUUGGAAAUCCAGGAUUCAUAAUCGAUGCCUUGAUCUUCUUGUAGUCGGUGAUGGACUACAUCCAACCUUUCAUCAGCAUCCAGUAGACUUCCUGCAUCGUACCGUUCGGGACUUCCUGCAGGAUUGUUACUAUGGGGAGUUGACGAAAGAGCUCAAGUCACCUUUUAACCCUCUGGUUUCUCUCUGCAGAAUGUCUCUUUUCCUACUCAAGGUGCUACCGAACACAGAAUUGCGGAAUAAGGAAGGCCUCAACAAAGUCUUCGCGGUUGUUGAUGAGCUUCUUUACUACGCCCAUGAAGCCGAGAAAAGAGUCCAGUCGGAAGAAUUCUCUCUUGUAGAAGUCUUGGAUGAAGUCGAUCGAGUGAACUGUCAUUACGCCCGUAAUGCCUCCAUAAAACGACACUGGACUAAUGCAAGGGAUACUCCAGCGGGUAGCGGUUGGAACCAGUAUCACGAUUAUGGAAAUUGCAAUUUCCUGGCGCUCGCCGUACAGGCCCGCUUGGUCACAUAUGUGUCUACAAAACUACAACCGGACUCGCGACGCCUGCAGAAGGCUGGGAGACCCCUUCUGGAUUACGCACUCCGCCCACGACGUGUCACGGCCUUCCAAAUGCCGUAUCAUUCACAAAGAGACGAGCCUAGCGUUGAUAUUAAUAUGGUGCGUCUGUUGUUGGAGCAUGGGGCAGAUCCAAACCAAAAGGUUCAUGUCUGUCACGGACUCACGGUUUGGGCUCUUUUCCUCCUGUCUUGCUCUUCUCAGAUUAACAGACGGGAAGGGCUGUCCCCAUCUUUGGGGGGGGCUUGGUAUGUAGCGUGCGAAAUGCUCAUCCAGUAUGGCGCAAAGCCGAAUUGCUCGUUUGGGUUCGAUGAUAUGACCGUGCAUAGCACACUCUGUAAGAUAUUUGGUAAUGACAAGGCUUAUAAAUUGUUGGCGGAAAUGCAAGUCAUACAGGCACAACGUUCGAGAAGUUCAUGGCUGUCAGGCUGGUGGCUUCCCAAGAUGCAAUGGUUCGAUUCAACAUCUUAG